CAUACCAGACAAUGAUGCAGCCAAUCAGAAAGCUCUCCACGGCAUAUCAGUAAAAGUUUCCGAGCGUGUUAGGUGACAAACCAAAUCUCCUCGAACUUCAAAUGAAAUAUAGUCGCUGUCUUGCCUUCUUUAGAGUUGCAUUGAUAUGUUGCGACUAUGGACAAAUGGACGAUGCUCAAAGUAAAAUUUAAACUGAUGGCGUACAUUGGAGGAAUCAGAAUCAGGUUUAUUAUCAACGGCAUGUGACGUUAAAUUUGUUAACUUAGCAGCAGCAGUUCAAUGCAAUUCAUAAUCUAGCAGAGAGAGAAAAAAUAAUAAUAAAUAAGAUAAACAUAAUAAUAAAUAAACAAGUAAAUCAAUUACAUAUAUUGAAUAGUUUAAAAACAUGUAAAAACAGAAAUACUGUAUGCUAAAAUAAAGUGAAGUAGUGUCCAAAGAUUCAUUGUCCAUUUAGCAAUACAAUGGCAGAGGGGAAGAAGCUGUUCCUGAAUCACUGAGUGUGUACCUUCAGGCUUCUGUACCUCUUACCUGAUGGUAACAGUGAGAAAAGGGCAUGUCCUGGGUGCUGGAGGUCCUUAAUAAUGGACGCUGCCUUUCUGAGACACUGCUUCCUAAAGUCGUCCUGGGUACUUUGUAGGCUAGUACCCAAGAUGGAGCCGACCAGAUUUACAACCUUCUGCAGCUUCUUUCAGUCCUGUGUAGUAGCCCCUCCAUACCAGACAGUGGUGCAGCCUGUCAGAAUGCUCUCCACGGUACAACUAUAGAAGUUUUUGAGUGUAUUUGUUGACAUGCCAAAUCUCUUCAAACUCCUAAUAAAGUAUAGCCCCUGUCUUGCCUUCUUUAUAUCUACAUCGAUAUGUUGGGACUGGUUUAGAUCCUCAGAGAUCUUGACACCCAGGAACUUGAAGCUGCUCACUCUCUCCACUUCUGAUCCCUCUAUGAGGAUUGGUAUGCGUUCCUUCGUCUUACCCUUCCUGAAGUCUACCAUCAGCUCUUUCAUCUUACUGACGUUGACUGCCAGGUUAUUGCUGCAGCAUCAUUCCACUAGUUGGGAUAUCUCACUCCUGUACACCUUGAAACCAGCUGAGAUUCUACCAACAAUGGUUGUAUCGUCAGCAAAUUUAUAGAUGACAUUUGAGCUAUGCCUAGCUAUACAGCCAUGGGUAUAUAGAGAGUAGAGCAGUGGGCUGAGCACACACCCCUGAGGUUCACCAGUGUUGAUCGUCAGCAAGGAGGAGAUAUUAUCACCAAUCCACAGAGAUUGUGGUCUUCUGGUUAGGAAGCUGAGGAUCCAAUUGCAGAGGGAGGUACAGAGGCCCAGGUUCCGCAACUUCUCAAACAGGAUUGUGGGAAUGAUGGUAUUAAAUGCUGAGCUACAGUCAAUGAACAGCUUCCUGACGUACUUGUUUGUGUUGUCCAGGUGGUCUAAAGUUGUGUGGAGAGCCACUGAGAUUGCAUCUGCCAUUGACCUAUUGUGGUGAUAGGCAAAUUGCAAUGGGUCCAGGUCCUCACUGAGGCAGGAGUUCAGUCUAGUCUUGACCAACCUCUCAAAGCAUUUCAUCACUGCUGAUGUGAGUGCUACCGGGUGAUGGACAUUAAGGCAGCUCACAUUAUUCUUCUUUGUCACUGGUAUAAUUAUUGCCUUCCAUCGGUAGCAGUGAGAAGUUGAAAAUGUCCUUGAAUAUUCCUGCUAGUUGGUUGGCACCGGACCUUCCGCCUUGUGAGGGUUCACUCUCUUUAAAGACAACCUAACAUCGGCUUCUAAGACCGAGAUCACAGGAUCAUCAGAUGCAGCACGGAUCUUCACAGCUGUAGUUGUGUUCUCCUUUCAAAGUGGACAUGGAAGGCGUUGAGUUCAUCUGGUAGUGGAGCUUCGCCGGCAUUCAUGCGAUUGGGUUUCGCAUUUUCUCACUAUUCCUUCUCCCAGAUGUUUAAAUUCUUGAACAGUAACUGAGAUUUUACAACAUUUACUGAAGGCCUGCCGCUGCCUCGCUGCUGAUGAUUCCAAAUAUCUCCUCAAAUCAUCCCUGAGCCAAAACAUUACCGCGCUUGAUCGUGCUGCGUGGUAAAUAGGCGGCGGGUCGGAUUGCGGCGAACUACAACCCCCAGCAGCGCUUGCGGCAAGCAGGCUCCAUGGGAAGGGCAAAGCGGAGCUCCGGUUUGAACGAGCGGACCGGGAAGCGUCGCAUUGUGAGCUCAUCGGCCGGACGCGGGGCAGCCGGCGAGGGUUGGCGUUGCAGGGCGCUGCUUUCCCCUCUGCGCGCUCCACGUCGCCCCAGGGAAUGCAUGGCGGCCGUACCCGCUGAAGGAAAGCCCUGGGCAGUAACCAAGGCGACAGGUGUUGGAAACCAACUGCCCCGCCACCCGCAAGUGCGAAACCGACGGAAAAGAAUCAAUGAACGAUGAUAUUUUUGUUUAAGAUUUGGGAUUUUUAAAAGAGUAACUUAAAAUAUUUAGCGUUUAUUUUUAUGUAAAUAUAUGUUUUUUAAGGAAACACAUCGUUGAUGUACGAAGCCUUUUUUUAAAAAAAAUAACGUCGAUCGAGUUUUAAUGCCUUUAAUAUGUCCACCGUUUUGGAACCUAAAGCCGAAAGACAGACGGCGACAGGCUGGAGCCGCGUGGAAGGUAAACCACUGACUACAACAUCGCUCUUCAAUGUUUCGGAAUCCAUCCGAUCUCGAGAGGGGGCUGCUGGUGGACAUUUAUCAUCUCCUGACUCUCAGUCUUGUCGGUCUAGUCUGCAUGCCUCAGAAUCUGGAAACAAAGCAUUAACAUCAUGUAAAUAUAACAAUAUUUCUACUACUGAACGAUCGAGCAAGAACUUGGAGGAAUUAAGGAAAGAACUAGAAAGACAUACAAAAGAAACAAAGAAACUUCAGGAAGAGUUAGAGUUUGCUACCAAGUUAACAAUGGACAAAUGUAGCCUGACGUUUAAUGAGGGUAGAAGUUGCAGUCUCGAUGAAAUCUCAACUAACCACAACGACAAGCUCAAAAUGAACCGAUCUUUUACUGCGGUCUUUCCAAAUGUACGAUCUCCUUAUCGGAGCUCGAUACUUCAGACUUCUAUCUCAAAAACACCUCGUUGCAGAUUUCCACAGACGACUAAAUAUGAUGUGGAUGUUGUUAUAUCCAGGAAGAGCAGUCCAUCCUCUGGUACACCAAUUGUUGAGAAGUCACUGGAGGACUGUGUAAAUGAGGGAGAUCAUGAGCAGUCAAAGGAUAAUAUUCAACAAUCUGUGAUAGAUCUACAAUCUAAAUUACAAGAAUUACAGUCAGAAAGAGAUAGCUUGAUGAAUCUCAAGUUAAAAGAAAGCCAAAACCAAGGAGUAUUGAUAUCCAAGCUGCAUAGCACAGUGCAAGAGUUAGAAACUGUUAACCGCAUGCGAGAUGAAACUGUUCAGGGUACUAAUACUCAAAUCGAGCAACUGAAGAAAAAGAUUGAAGAACAACUGGACUAUCUGAAAACUGAAUCACAGAGCAAAACUGAGCUAUUGCUUAAGCAGCAAGAAGAGCGAAUAGAGCAGCUGAAACAUGAACAUCAACAAGAAUUGUCAGUACUGACUGAAAAAGUAAACCGCUCUCGCAGCCUUGCCUCAAGUUUCCAAAACCAAGUGGAAGCCAUACAAGAACAAGCGAGGAAUCAAAGCAUAAUGUACUCACGGCAGCUUACAGACCUGGAGUCCACCGUCUGCCAUCUCCGAACUGAAUUACGGGAAGCCAGAAGGAUGUAUGAAGACAAGAUAGAGGACCUGCAAAAGAUUAUAGAAGAAUCUCAGUCUGAGGUUUGUAAAACCAGGAAAGAAAGGGAUGAGUUCAGGCAAGAGGUAGAAACCAUGAAUUGUCGAAUCCAACAAUUAAUGGCUGACAGUUGUAAGGUUGAAGAGGACCUCAAAGUGGCCAAAGAACAAAAUCAGAAGCUGUGGGAUCGGGGAACAAACAAUUGCAUUUCCAUUGAAAAUUUACAGAAUGAAAUCGAUUGCAAAACUCAGGACAUUCAACGGCUGGAUGGUGUGAUAAAGAGUCUUAAGGAACAGUGCCAGUAUUACAUACAGUAUCAGGCAUCUGCAGAUGAGCAAAGGAAUGAAGAUCAACAGAAAAUAUCAGCCUUAGUCAACCAAUACGAGACCUGCAGAGAGCAGCUUUGUAAAACUGGAGAGGAGCUUAAUAAGAAGAAACAGCAAAUUGACAAAACCGAAGCAGGUUUCUGUCAAUUGAAAGAGUCUUUAAAGGAAAGGGAAAGAUGUCUGGAAAAUGCGGCAAUGGAAAACAAUAAAUUGCAACUUGAAAUUGAAGAUAAGAACCAGAAAAUCCAAAGAAUGAAAAUAGCAGAGGAGAGCAUUUGUGAUCAGUUUGAAGAAGCUGUGAGAUGCAUAAAGGAAAUGCAGAAUGAGAAUGAUUCACUGAAACAGGAGCUGAGUGAAAAAGGCAAGAUGCUAACUGUUCUGCGACAAGAAAUGGAAAACAUUGCUGAAAUGACAUCGCAGCAGAGUUCUGCAUCUGAGGCACUGCAAGCUGAAAGAAAGCAACUCCAGAAGGAAGUUGAUUGCCAGAAACAGAAGAUGCAAGAGUUAAAGACUGAAUUGGAACACAAAGAUGCACAAAUGCAAGAGCUCCAGGCAUAUCUCAGUGAAUUGGAACGGGAAAAAAUUAAGCUGGUAAAUUCUGCAACUGAACAUAUAUCUGAGCUGGGAGAAUUGUUACAGGAAAAGGAGGAACUUGCAACUGAACUGAGAGGUGUCCAGACACAAAUGGGUGAUCUGAAAGAAGAGUAUGAUAACUUGCAGAGAAGCUACGCUUGUAAAACCAAAGAAUAUGAAUGGUCUACAAACAAACUUAAAGCUCAGCUAAAAUCGGUUCAAGAUGAUCUGGAUCAAAGCAGAGAAGCAUUGAAAGUUCUUGAAGGAGCUGACACCCAUGCAAUGAAAAUUGCCAUGGGAAUGCAAAAGCAAAUCACAGCCAAGCGUGGACAGAUUGAUAAAUUACAGAGCAAAGUUCAGUUCCUGGAAGAAACUUUAGAGAACUCUGAAAGGGAGAAAUGCUACCUGAAAGAAGAGAAAGUACGACUGACUAAGGAACUUGCUUGCAUUACAUCAGAAAGAAAUAAAAUUGUUGGAGAACUCGACACCACAAAGUCUCAAGAAAAAUGCUUGAGGGAAAAGCUGAUGAGAACGGAGUCAUCAUUAGAAAAGGCCUGCCUUCAGUUGUCUGACUGUCAAUCGCUUAUUCAGCGUCAGGAGCAGGACUUCAUGUGUUUAAAGCUGCAACAUGCACUGGAAGUAAAGGAGCUCCAAGGUCCAAAUUUUACUACCUGUACAUAUUCAAGCGCUCGAGUCUGUUCUCCUUCAGUUCGUGUUAAUCAGUCAUCUAACCAGCCUUCGUCACAAUACUUACCCACUGCAGUUUCCAACACCUGUGGUCUUCGAGAGAAUUUGAACUCUGACUUGAACAAUGUUCAAAUGGACCAUAAGAAUACAGUCUGUGAGGGGUGCAACAAAUCAAGCCACAUAAACUGCAAUGAAUGUGAGGAAGAACAAACAUCAAGGAAUAUGCCUGCUGCUGAUGACGUGAAUACAGAUGACCGUAAAGAACAAAGAACCCAAGACAGUCUCUUUAGGAACCCACUAAUCUAUUCUUCAGAAGUGAAAGAACCUUUCAAUAUUGACAAUUUAACUUGCAGUGCUGACCACUCAUUGCAGACAGGUGGUCCAUGUUACACCUCCUCCAAGUGGGAGACACCACCAGAGAGAUCGCCAGUAUCUUCCUUGCUGACUGGCUCUGUACCUCAGUGUGAGAAUGUAAGAGAAAACUCACCCUUUUGCGAGUUGUGUGAUUCAGGAACCAGCUAUGUCCCAAAGCAAUGUGCGGAAAAUGAUCCUCACUUCCAAGACAACAGUGGUGAACAAUCAGAUGCUGCAGAACAGGGCUGCAAAAACCUGCAAAACAAACUGGAUGAUCUGCAAAACCUGGUGGAAGAUCUUCAUCUGAAGAAUCAUGAAAUAUCCUCCAUGAUCAGAGACCAAGAGAAGAGGAUAAAGAGAGUAAAGGACAAAGAAAAAAUCCUAAAGAAGUGACAUCCAGUUUCUGCAUUUUAUUGCUUACGAUGUAUGGCUUUUGACAAGGUGCAGUACAAAAAUAAAAUCUGCUGCUAUUUAAGGUCUUGUGAAAUAAGGUCUGUCUGUGCAGUUGAAAAUAGUUGAUGAUCAGCAUGAGAGAACUGUGGCUACUGUAGAUCCAAAGUCAUUGAAAUACCAAUGUUUUGUGUUAAAUGCCAUAACUGUUUCUUGCUCAGUUUGUUGUGCAUGGGAUAAACAGCAAAGGGUCCUACUGGGGUAACAUGAGGGAGCGGGAUAGAUCAGAAUGAUAAAUGAUAUCUACUUUAAUUCACUGGAAGUGCUCCUGUAUUUUCUACACACUCCACUGUGUAAGGUUACUGAAUCAUCUGUACAAAUUCAAGACAAUGCAACAAAAUGUUCACUUGUGUUGACCAGCUGAAGCGUAUUGUGAAGUAAUUAACAAAGGUUCUCACUAAUCCACCCCACCCCACCCCACACAAAGAACUAUGAUGUUGAGUUAAUGGUUGUCACAUACACUGAUGUACAGUAAAGAACAUUGUUUGCAUACCUUUUGAGAUCAUAAAUAUCUUUGUGCUUAAACCCUUGACAGCUAUUUUUUUUAAAAAUGUUAAUUUUAUAUGUCCCGAUGAAAUGAUAUAUUUAUAUUCUCAACAUUUUCUCUUUUGGCUCUUCCCACUUCCUUCAGACCAAAAGUGUACCGUGGCUACUCGCAUGGGCCAUGCUGUGCCUUCCUUUUUGAUGGCUACAUGGAGCAGUCCAUGUUCCAAGCCUACACUGUAAUGCUCCCCAACUCUUACUAACUACAUUGACAACUUUCUUCAUUAUAUUAUAUGCUUUUUACUAAUGACUGUGAGGCUAAGUUCAGCACUAAUGCUAUAUUCAAGUUUGCUGACGAUACUCACUUUUGUUGGCUGAGUCAAAGGUGGUUACAAAUCGGCAUAUAGGAGGGAGAUUGAAAAUGUGGUUGAGUGGCGCCACAACAAACUCUCACUCAACGUUAGCAAAACCAAAAAGCUGAUUAUUGACUACAGUAGGAAGAAAUCAGAGGUCCAUGACCCAAUGCUCAUCAGGGGAUUGGAGGUGGAUAGAAUUAGGAACUUAAAAUGCCUCGAUGUUAUCAUAUCAGGGGUUCUGUCCUGGCAAUGGAAACAACAGUGCCCAAGAACAAAAAAACUACAGAAGUGGUGGAUAUAGCCCAGUUUAUCACAGGAAGAGCCCUCUGUCAUCAAGCACAUCAACAAAGAGCACUGCCAGAAGAAAGCAGCAUCCAAGGAUCCCGGCCAUCCAGGCCAUGCUGGCUUUUCACUGCUACCAUCAGUAAGGAGGUACAGGAGCCUUGGGUCCCAUAUCACCAGGUUCAGGAAUAGUUUGUUAACCCUCAGCCAUCAGGCUCGUGAAUCAGUGUGGACAUCUUCACUCAACACAACACUGAACUGACUAUUGAACACAAACUUCAGAUUCACUUUCAAGAACUCUAUAACUCAUGGUCUUGGUUUUAUUUAUGUAUGUAUGUAUUUAUUUAUUGUUUCUCUUUGUGUUUGCACAAUUUAUCAGUCUUUAUGUGUAGUGUGUAGUUUUUCAUUGAUUCUAUUGUACUUUGUUCUGCUGUGAAUGCUUGCAAGAAAAUGAAUUCCAAAGUAAUAUUUGCUGACAUAUAUGUACUUUGAUAAUAAAAUUUACUUUUAAUUUUG